GCAGCCCAGCUCCAGCUGUUCAAUCAGCCGCCUGCAGAACUGCCAGAGAACCUGAAGAUCAUUCAGAGAGCUUCAGAGGAAAACAGACCAAUAGAAAUAUGACGCUACAGCUGAAAACCAAAGCUCGGCUCUUUGACCUGCACUGCUCCGUGAGUCUGACUGACUGGGACAUGGACAAGGAGCUGAAACUGGCGACGACCUCUGACCAGUUCUUCCACGACGACAAACUGAACGAUCAGUACGUGGUCCAGAGGCCGUCUGCCAGAGCUUCACGAAGGAAAGAUGAAUUCAUUUGGUACGAUAAGACUUCAGACACCUUUGUGAAGCCCAACCUGUGGCUGCUGGUGAAUCCUAACAUCGCCUGUCCCAUCCAGUACAGAGGAGAUCCAGCAGACCUGCAGACUCUGUGUGAACCCUCUGAGGAAAUCCAGACAUCUGUACUGGACCCUGCAGAGACCCAGCAUCAGCUGACAACGGAGCAUCAGGUGUUUAACUCCCAUGAUGCACCUCUACACUCUGCAUCCUCCUCCACUGACUACAUGAUCACCCAUGACGACGUCUCCUGUCGACCAAUCAAGAACAGACGCAAAGGAAAGAGCACGAAGACGAGGGACACUAAGAACCUGAAGCCGGGGUGUUGGCCUCGCCCACCUGUGAACUACUGCAUCCUCAUUGCGCUGGCGCUGAAGAGCAGCCACACGGGGAGCCUCAAAGUCCAGCAGAUUUACAACUUCACCAGAGAGCACUUCCCCUUCUUCCAGACGGCUCCUGACGGCUGGAAGAACACCAUCAGACACAAUCUCUGCUUCAACAACAGCUUCAGGAAAACCUGCAACCAGUUGUGCAGGGAUGGAAAGAGGAAGUCCUGCUUCUGGCACCUGACCCUGGAUGGUCACCGGCGUCUGAGGGACGAGAUCCGAACAUUAACGGGAGAAUCGUUUAAACAGCUGGAGAUGAGCAUGUCCCGCCCAGAUAUUAUUCGGAGUUUAUUUUCAGCGUGACUGCAGCUUUAGAGGCUCUCAAAGACAUAAAAUUAAUAAAACUAUAGAAGAAGGUUUUUGUUCUGUUUAUCUGCUGCUUUACUUUAUUCAUGCAUUUUUUGCUUUUGAUUAUUGUAAACUGUGUACAUCUAAAGACCACAUUUCUGUUUGCUUAUAACCACAAAAUAAAUGCAUGGUGUCUGCA